UGGACGAGAGCUGGCCUUUCAAGCAGGAAGACCUCGGUUUUAAGUCCCACCCCUGACGCCUACGGACAGUUUACCGAAGAUAAAACACUUAAGGUCUCGUGCCUCACGAAAGUGUUUUAGGAAGCGAAAUUGCAGAACCGCGGCUGAUAUGCCUCGGCUCCCCCAGCCCAAGAAAGCCCAGACCCUUACCCUGGCCUUAGAAGAAAAAAAAAAAGGUCUCUUGGCCAGCCCUACGUUUUGUGCUGGUGAUCUGAGCUGUUCUGCCACAGGGUCAUUGAUUUGGACUUGGAACUCAAACCCUGUAUGUUACAGAAGAAGAAACAGGGUGACAUGGUCAUACAGCUGGUCUCCAAAAAAUAAGAUUUCAUCUGAGGAAAUGGUGAAGUAGGAGCUUGCAGAUGCCCUGGAUUUCUUGGAUGCAGUGCAAACAAUUUUUAUAGUGUGGAAAAAGAGCCUUAAUUGCCAGUUUACAUGUGUAGAUCACUGCGUUACUGUAUUAGUCAUUGUCUCUAUAUGGCAAUGACAAGACUGGAAGAAGUAAAUAGAGAAGUGAACAUGCAUUCUUCAGUACGAUAUCUUGGCUACUUAGCCAGAAUCAAUUUAUUAGUAGCAAUAUGCCUAGGUCUUUAUGUAAGAUGGGAAAAGACAGCAGAUUCCCUAAUUCUGGUCAUCUUUAUACUUGGCCUUUUUGUUCUUGGGAUUGCCAGCAUUCUCUAUUAUUAUUUUUCAAUGGAAGCAGCAAGUUUAAGCCUCUCCAACCUUUGGUUUGGAUUCUUGCUUGGUCUCCUCUGUUUCUUAGAUAAUACACCUUUUAAAAAAGAUGUAAAAGAAGAAGUGACUAAGUAUUUACUUCUGACUUCCAUAGUAUUAAGGAUAUUAUGUGCUUUGGUGGAGAGAAUUUGUGGUUGUGUCCGUCACCGACCCACUUUACUGACCACAGUUGAAUUCCUUGAGCUGGUUGGAUUUGCCAUUGCUAGUACCACUAUGCUGGUGGAAAAAUCUAUGAGUGUCAUCUUGCUUGUUGUAGGUUUGGCGAUGCUGAUUAUUGAUCUAAGAAUGAAGUCAUUCUUAGCAAUUCCAAAUUUGGUGAUUUUUGGCGGCUUACUGUUUUUUUCUUCCUUGGAAACGCCUCAGAAUCCAAUUGCCUUUGCAUGUUUUUUUAUCUGUCUAAUUACUGAUCCCUUCCUUGACAUCUAUUUUAGUGGACUUUCAGUUACUGAAAGGUGGAAACCCUACUUGUAUCGUGGAAGAAUUUGUAGAAGAUUUUCUGUCAUUUCCAUUGGCUUUAUUGAGCUUAUUUUUUUUAUUCUUUCAGCGUUUAAGCUUGGGAACUCUUAUCUCUGGUACUUUGUAAUACCAGGGUUUUCGAUUUUUGGAAUUUUCUGGAUUGUUUGCCAUAUUAUUUUUCUUAUAACUCUUUGGGGGUUCCAUACCAAAUUAAAUGACUGUCAUAAAGUCUAUUAUACUCACAGGGCAGAUAAUAAUAGCCUUGAUAGAGUAAUGGCAUCUAAAGGAAUGCGGCAUUUUUGCUUAAUUUCAGAGCAACUAGUUUUCUUUAGUCUUCUUGCAACAGCAAUUUUGGGUGCAGUAUCCUGGCAGCCAACAAAUGGAAUCUUUUUGAGCAUGUUUCUUAUCGUUUUACCAUUGGAAUCCAUGGCUCAUGGGCUCUUCCAUGAACUCGGUAAUUGUUUAGGAGGAACAUGUGUUGGAUAUGCUAUUGUGAUUCCCACCAACUUCUGCAGUUCUGAUGGUCAGCCAACACUUCUUCCACCAGAUCAUGUUCAGGAGCUGAACUUGAGGUCUACUGGCAUGCUCAAUGCCAUUCAGCGAUUUUUUGCUUACCACAUGAUUGAAACGUUUGGCUGUGACUAUUCCACGAGUGGAUUUUCUUUGGAUACUCUACAUUCCAAGCUCAAAGCUUUCCUUGAACUUCGGACUACAGAUGGACCCAGACAUGACACUUACAUUUUGUAUUACAGUGGUCAUACUCAUGGUACAGGAGAAUGGGCUCUGGCAGGUGGAGACACAUUACGGCUUGACACACUUUUGGAAUGGUGGAGAGAAAAGAAUGGUUCUUUCUGUUCCCGACUUAUUAUUGUACUCGAUAGUGAGAACUCAAUACCAUGGGUUAAAGAAGUGAGAAAAGUUAAUGAUCAAUAUAUUGCAGUGCAGGGAGCUGAGAUGACCAAAGUGGUGGACCUUGAAGAAGCUGACCCUGCACAGCUUGGUGACUUUACAAGAGACUGGGUGGAAUACAACUGUAAUGCGAACAGCAACAUCAGCUGGACUGAAAAGGGGCGUGCCGUUAAAGCAGUGUAUGGUGUAUCAAAACGAUGGAGUGAUUACACUCUGCAUUUGCCAACAGGAAGUGAUGUUGCCAAGCACUGGAUGUUAUAUUUUCCUCGUGUUACCUACCCUCUGGUGCAUUUGGCAAACUGGUUGUGUGGCCUAAACCUUUUCUGGAUCUGCAAAGCUUGUUUUAGGUGCUUGAAAAGAUUAAAAAUGAGGUGGUUUCUUCCUGCUGUGCUGGACACAGGACAAGGCUUCAAACUUGUCAAGUCCUAAUUAAGAACCAAAGAUGGACUAUGACUAAGAGUCUUUUACUAUCAAACAUGACUAACUUGCCACUUUUUAUAUACUAUUUUUUGUGUGUGGAAGAUAUCUUGCCACUUUAUAGUUGCACUGUUUCUUAAGCAAUUGCAGUAUAUGCAAGGGGUUGGGAACUGUAUUAUUUUGAACUAAAAAAGUGUGUGUUUGGUGAAUAACAUUUGUAACCAAAAGUCUUUGUAAAUUAUAAGAUCUACUAAGUGUGACCAUGCAGUUUGAAGAAAGGUUGCAUGUUCAUUUGUAUUAGAAAAGAAACAAAACAAGACUGCCCUGAAAUAAUUGUCAAAGAACAAAAAUGCCUUAUUUUCUAGGAAGAAACUGUAGCAUGUAAAGCAGACUUGCUUGGUUACUAUUAUGAAAAAAAACUGACUAUAAAAAAAUUUCUUACUCUGAAUAGUAUUAUAGACUGAGGUGAGACCAUUGGAAGGCCUCCAGGCCCAUUGAAAAUAGAAAAGAUCCUUCCUAGGAUGAAUUUUAAGGUACAGAUAUGCAAAGCAUGCAGGCCAGUGCCUUGAGUUGCCUUUGCUGUGACCAUUAAGACGAAAUAGAAUCCAAAAUUAGUCAUUUUAGCUGUAAUCCAUUUAGGUACAACAACAGGCUACAGGAUAAAUAGAAAUUACUUUUGCAUGCAUUGUUGGUAGGACCUGAAUCAAAAGACUGGGCAAUUUUAUAGUCUUAUCUCAGGGUCAUUUAACAUUUUCUUAAUGAUGCAAAGUGGCAAAUGCACUCACUUUCCAAACAAACUCAGCCUCUUCUUUGAAGGAGAUGUCUAACUUAAGUCAGAAUAUAUUAAGCAAAAAAGGGAUAUUCUGGCUCAUCAGUGCUCAUGUUCUUCCAUAAAAUUUGUUACUUUUCACCCAGUAAGAAAAUUAACAUUGUCUAGCUUAGGCUGGUAAGUUUUCUAUUGUUAUACACAUGAUACAUUAUGUAAAAGUAUUUAAUAUUAACAGUUUUGUCAGAAUGUAAGAAAGUAAGAAAUUUUUAACCAUAACAAUGUUUUCUGUAUUUAAACAAUAAUUUGUGAUUAGUGUACUCCCUGAGGGAUGGUUCACUCCCCACUCUUACUCACAAUUUCUCAGAUUUUAGAUUUCUGUCUUUGAGAAAUAAAUAGGAUUAAAUUUGGGGGUUUAUUAGCAAUUCUCUAUUUAAGUUACUGUAGCUCCUCAGAAUUAAGCCACUUUUCCAAUUUGACAGAGAAUUGAAUCGUUACCUUAUGUCUACCUCUUUCUAUCUGCUGAAAAUUGAGGAUUUAGUUACUAAUAAGUUGCUAAAGGGUCAUGGAUAAGUGCAUCCCACUGUCCAUAAUGCAUUGCUUCAGUCCACCAGUUCUGAUUUAUAUAACAUAUGUAACAGUGAAUUAGACCAGCAUUUGUAUGUAUGUUAACAUAUAACAUAUAAUGUAUGUUAACAUAUAACCCAUAAAUUAAUUUAUUUUGCUAAUAAUUUAGUGAAUUAAUGUAAUCUGAAAGGCAAGAAUUUAAACUUUGUAGGCAUUAAAAGCCAAAAAAAAGCCUAUAGCUCCAAAAAUUAAUAAAAUCUCCUUUUUUCAAAUUUCCUAGUAGAGGCUUCAUUAGCCCGUUAAUUUUUUUUUUAAUUUAGAGAGGGGUAUAACUAAUUAUAGCCUGUUUUCUCACUAUGUAAUAAUAUUAAGAAAAUAGUCGUGAAAAGGAAAAUUUGGAAAAAAAAUGUUUCAGACUACAAAACUUUUAAAUUAUUUUUAAUACAUGUUCCUUUUUAACCAUUUCUGAUAGGACAGGGAUUGUUUUGGAGGAAAAAUGGGUCCAAGAAGUAAUUUUGGGGGAAAAUGUGGCUUGAGCUGUGUGUAAAUGCUAAAAAGUUAAUAAAGAUUGCAUUUUGAGACCUACUCCCACCAAAGGAAAAAUGAAAAUGACCAUGUUGAAGCCAAUUAGCUUUGAAUUUGUGAAAGCUUCUCUGAAGUUGCUAUCCUAAAUGCCAAUGAGCUCUGCACAUGACGCCAGUAGCCAGAUUGGGAGUUUUAGGAAAAAUGAAAUGGUUUUUCUACUAUUUGGCAUUUUACAUGGUAUAAGUAUAAAGUAAUGAAACUGAUUUUCACAUUUGUGUGGUAGAAAGUGUGUGGAAAGGCUUUCAUUAGCCACAGUCUCAUUACUUUGGUCAUACCACAUAUUUAGAAAAGAAUUAUUUGUAGUAAGAGGCAUGAAAUUGAAUCAUUUUUCACAUCUACCAAAAAGAAAUAGAUAAUUUGGAUGUACUCAUUCAAUAGAAAAUGAAUUUGGUUUCAUUUGUUUCCUCAAAUUUUGUGCCUUUCUAAAACCAUAAAAGUAUUUCUGCAGCCAAUUUUAAAAGGUGUGCAGUGUAAAUAUUUGAUAAAUAACAGUGCGGGUUCUAUCUCCUAUGCAUAGAGUCAUGAGUUAUGUUUUAAUCAUUUAUGUGCAAUCAUUCUUUCAAAAAAAUGUUGGGGUGUUUUUUUU